ACGGACUUAAAGCAAGUCUAGUCCGGUCGGUCAGCCAGUUCACUUCCGUGAUGACAUAAAAAGUGAGCUCUCCGGUUUGAAAAAAGUACUGGAAUCUGGGCACAAUGACAACGAAGAAGGUGGAGAUUGAGUAUUGUGGUGGAUGAGGCUACCAUUCCCGCUUCAUGGAUUUGAAGAUUGACAUCCAGUCUGCAGAUCCUGAAGUGGCCGUUGAUGGUAGCGUGGGCCGGAGGACUUCAUUUGAAAUUACUCUGAAUGGUCAGCUGCUCUACUCCAAGCUGGAAGUUGGGCGGUUUCCUGUCCAUGCAGAGAUUGUGGAUGCCAUCAUGAAAUACAGUGGAGAGGGCGAUAUAAAAGCUGCCAAUGGUGGACCAAAAAAUAAGUCAAAGUCUGAGUGUGUUGUUCUGUAAAACAUUUACCUGUCAAAUGGAAUAAGAUUGCCGUAACCAGUGGCUACUGAAAUGUAAUGAAUGUGGAUUUGUCACCUGGCUCUCAAAUUUUCUUCUGUGGUUUAAUUGAACUUGAAUUUCAUUUCAUUUAUUAUUUCUGAAGGCAUAAACAAAUACAGAACGUACAAGACACCAAUACAACUGCAAUGGCAACAGCCUUGAUGGAUUACCAAGUGCGAACUUAAUCACAAUCGAGUGGCUCUCCAAAUGUUAGCAUCCUACAAAAACAGUUUAAAUACACGAUGUGUACAACUAAAAAAGAAGAGUGAAAACACAAUGGCCACACACCAUGUCACAUCUUUAGAGAGAAUGAAAAAACCCUACAUCUGAAACAACAGGCCCAAGCCCCGCAAUCACCCAGAUCCAUCCAAGGAAAAAAAAAA